AACUUGCUUAGAAAAAGAAAUAAUGAAUUUUCACUUUUGUAACAUGUGGUCUUCAAGUGUGAGAACCUGAAAAAGAAAAUCAAAAUCUGCUUUUAAUUUAUUAUAGCAGAAUACAUUUUUAUAUGACACUUUACUAAACUGUUGAAAAUAGUCUGAACAAUUUUAAAACUGAAAAAGAAGAUUGGGUAGUUUUUUUUUUUUUUUUUUUUUAACAUCAAUGCAUUUUUUUAGUACUGCAUUUAACAUGUCAGACAGAAGUUUGUCUCCAUCUGGGAACGUAAUAAGAUUCCAUGGAAAUUCUUCACGGCUAUAUAGCAUAGAAGCAAUUCUGGGAUUUGCUAAGGAAGAGAACAUAUUUAGUUCAUUUUCGUCUAAUGGAACUCAAGUGCAUUUUAAAGAAUCAGAAAAGCUGGAAUCAAGGAACUGUUUUGACAAAAUGUCAGCUCUAAGCCAUAGUGAAGAAAGCAUUGAAAGUUUUGAGGACUACUGCACAAAAAGUUCAGAUGAAUGCUUCAGUCCAGACACCUCGACCUGCAACAACCUUGAAAACAAGCUCUCAGAUGAAGAUCAACCUAAGAAAAAGCACAGAAGGAACCGAACAACAUUUACCACUUACCAGCUUCAUGAACUGGAGAGAGCCUUUGAAAAGUCCCACUAUCCCGAUGUUUACAGCAGAGAAGAACUGGCUCUGAAAGUUAAUCUGCCUGAAGUCAGAGUCCAGGUAUGGUUUCAAAACAGGAGAGCCAAAUGGAGACGUCAAGAAAAACUGGAAACAGCUGCUAUGAAAGUCCAAGAUUUGCCUAUCCUUUCAUACAACAGAUCAACACCACCACCACCCCCUGCCAUGGGCACAAAAAGCAAUAAUAUACCCUUAGAGCCUUGGUUAACACAGAUGUCAAGCAGUACAACACUUCAUACACUUCCAGGAUUUAUGGCAACACCACAAAGUUUAUCAAGCUGUUACACACCCCCAACUUUCUUGAACUCACAGUCCACUGGUUACACACUGCAACCUUUGAGUACGGUUGGACCACCACCGUCUUAUCCCUGUGGACCAACAUUUAUGGACAAAUUCCCUCUGGAAAAAGCUGAUCAGCGGAAUUCUAGUAUUGCAUCAUUGAGAAUUAAAGCAAAAGAACAUAUUGAGACUAUUGGAAAAUCAUGGCAAACAAUGCAAUAAAAUCUGACUGGUGUGCUUCAGAUAAAGAGAUGAUACUCUUCCUGAAAUGUAGUCUUAAACAUGGGAAUACUUACAAGGAAGGGAUGUCGCAGCAACAGGUUUUGUGUGAUCCAAGUCAUUAUGUAUUUAUACCUUCUGAUGAUACUGAAGUGUUUUCUAGAUUCCAUUGUCUGUGUGUGUGUGUGUGUGUGUGUG